AUGCACGCCGACACCGCGAGGAGGAGCUGCGCUGACGAGUGGAGAGUCUCCGUCGGCGUCCCAACACGAGCAGCCCCUACAAGAUCCUCCACGUGGCGGGGGAAGGUACGCGCUAAGGGCGCUACCCCGGCGGGCGCUUCCGACACGGGCGCCAAGAUCGGGGCGAGCGCUUCUGCCCAAGACGCGCACGACCCUCGGGGACCUGGAGCGAAACUGCCCGCAUGGGGUCUCUCCCCGCGCGAGUGGGGGGGGGGGGUACAAUCGGAGCUUCUCGCGGAUACGCCAUCGCCAGGCUCGGGGUGCGGCCAACCGAGUAGUGGUGCGUGGAGUAGCCAGGGACCUGCCGAGGGGUGCGGAACAUCGCCCUUGCCUCUCGCGCGGGCAGAUACUCGCUCAAUGUCGGCGCGUGCAGAGGAGCCGCGACCUCAGGGGCUGUGGCGUGAGGAGGCCCGUUGGUUACCUCGAUAUGGACGUGCGCCGGCUCCCCACUCUCCCGCGCCUGGUGCACCGCCGCUGCAAAUGCGUUCAUGGCCUGAUCAACCGCAGGAUCCUGUCCGCGACCGGCUCCAUUGCGCCGACCCCGUCGGCCCCCAGAGCCAGCGGAAUGCGGUUGCGGAGGGGACUGCUCGCGACGCCCAGUAUCCCACCGACGCCCAGGGGACCCCCUCCCCCGCCUCGCCGGAGAUCGACACGGAGAGGGCUGAGCGGGGGAUCGCGCUCGCGGUGAACGCUGGGUUGCCCGACCUCGGGGGGAGUGUUGGCGAGGAGAGCGAGGGCUUGUAG